UAAAUGUCUUGCGCUCCAUUUUGGUUCUGGUUGAUCUAUGACAUAUUAUGUUGUUUAGGGGCAUGUCCUGUGAACGUGUUAGAGAUUUCAGAGUAUGGAGGUUCUUUUCAAGAGCUGAAACAGAUGAGACAUUUCUCGGGCAAGUUGAAAUGUCUUGAAACUGUGAAAGUUGGUUUUAACUCAGACAACAACAACCGUGAGUUCUUGUGGGCUAACCUGCUUGCUCUCCCCCGAGUUUCAGCAAAGUGCAACCUCCAUUUCAUAUGAUUUUUUUUCUUUCUUUUAUCUUUUCUCGAUUUGGUGUGCUACUGUGAAUGUAACUUUAACAUGAAUAUUUGAUUUAUAUCAUAAAAUUUGU